GGAGUAAAGGAGGAGGAGAGAGAAAGAGGAGGGGGCAUGAGACCCCGUCGCGUUUUGACCCUCGGAAACCUCCCCGCUCACCACCAUCACCACUCCUCCUCGCCCUCCACCUCCCUCCUCCUCCUCUUCUUCUUCCUCUCCUCGUGAGACUGAAAACACCAUCGCUCACUCCCACCCGUGACACUCUCCAGCCUGUCGCCGUAUGCUGCGUGGACAGCGAGCGCAAGGAGCCAAAAAGGAAAGAAGCAAGGAAGGGACGCUUUCUGUCUGUCCUCCUCCCACACCACCGAGCAUCCCCACGGCCGCGAGUCCGAGCGAGAGGCACACCAGGCGGGGGCGAGGCGCUGCAAGGAGCCGCUGCUGCUUUUCAACCGGGUCUGUGGAAGUAUCCGGACACGGGCCGAACAGGACUGGAUAUUUACAUCUCGGACUCGAAGGGCAGAGGAAGGGAGCAGAGCUCACUGGACUAGCCGAGUCGCGCAACAUCAUCUCCGGUGUAGGACUGGCUGUCGAGUCGCAUGGAGAAGAGGUAUGAAGAGCUGGUGCACUACUCAGGGUCGGAGGCCAUGUCGGUGGGGGGCUACGGGGACGAUGUCCGGCCGUUUCCUCCCCCACAGUACGGACCCGCCAUCCCAGACUCCCUCAAACACCACAAAGACCAGAUCUAUGGUCACCCUCUGUUUCCACUGCUGGCCUUAGUGUUUGAAAAGUGCGAGCUUGCCACCUGCUCCCCUCGAGACUCCGCCUCCCUCUCAGCCGCCUCCCACCUCUCUGGCAUGACCAGUCACAGCGACGUCUGCUCCUCCGAGUCCUUCAACGAUGACAUCGCAGCCUUUGCAAAGCAGAUCCGAUCAGAGAAACCCAUUUUUUCUUCAAAUCCUGAGCUGGAUAACUUGAUGAUCCAGGCCAUACAGGUGCUCCGCUUUCAUUUGCUGGAGUUAGAAAAGGUGCAUGAUCUGUGUGAUAACUUCUGCCAUCGCUACAUCACCUGUCUGAAGGGCAAAAUGCCCACAGACCUCAUCCUGGAUGAGCGGGAGGGCGGCUCCAAGUCCGACAUGGAGGACUUCACCGGAUCCUGCUCCAGUCUGUCCGAGCAGAAUGCAUCCUGGUUACGGGAGCCAGAUGAAUGUGCCACCACUCCUCUGGGAACGCCGGGCAACUGUGGCCUGCCUUCACUCAGCACAGCAGACAACUGCAGCGACACAGGCGACGGUCUGGACGGAGGGAUGGCCUCCCCGAGCACAGGAGACGACGACGACUCUGACAGAGACCGGAGGAACAACAAGAAGAGAGGGAUCUUCCCCAAAGUGGCCACCAACAUCAUGCGAGCGUGGCUCUUCCAGCAUCUGUCGCACCCGUACCCGUCUGAGGAGCAGAAGAAGCAGCUGUCACUGGACACUGGCCUGACCAUCUUACAGGUCAACAACUGGUUCAUCAACGCCCGGAGGAGAAUAGUUCAGCCCAUGAUCGACCAGUCCAAUCGCUCAGGUCAGGGUGGUCCCUACAGCCCUGAGGGGGCAGCACUCGGGGGCUACAGUCUGGACGGACAAGCCCACCUCGGGCUGAGAGCAGGUCUGCAGGGGAUGUCUUCUCUGCAGGGCGACUACCCCGGCGCUCUUCUGUCCCAACCGGGAUACCCUCCCCACCCAGGACCUUCCCUACACCCCUACCUGGGACCGCAUCCCCACCCCAUGCUGCUCCAUCCGCCGCCACACGCACACCCCGCAGAGCCACUCCUCGCCCAGGGACUGGACAUACACGCACACUAGCUGAGGGGGAGUUGGGAUGUGCGUGUGUGAGGGGGGGGAAAUGCUGUAUGAAUGUGUGUUAAUGAGUGGGCUGAGUUACGGUGUAUAUGUGUGAGAGAGUCUGUGUGUGUGUGUGUGUGUGUGUGUGUGUGUGUGUUUGUGUGUGUGUGCAUGUGUGUGUGUGUGAUGAUGCAUACAAAACACUAUUUAAAGUAAAAAGACACAUUGCUCUGAAGGUUUACAUUCCCACUGAAAGACACUGACCUCAAUGUAGCUGUUUCACUUGCUUACACACACACACACACACACACACACACACACACACACACACACACACACACACACACACACACACACACAAAGACAUAAACAUUACACCCACACAUGCACACACAUUCUCAGUCUGGACCCACAGGUUUAAGCCAUACCUCUGUCAGAGUAGAAGUGCUUCCUCCUCUCCAAACGUCUCCACUGUGUCCUGUGGGCGAGACACAUGCUUUAAACUACACUUCCCAUCAUGCCUGCUGAACCACGGGAAGACGGUCAACCAGAUCGCAGAGACAGAUGAAUAUUUAUCCCCAGACUUUGCGACAGCACAUGAACAUUACUGGAUGGGACCUGAUCCUGUGAACACGCCUUCCUCACUUCUCCUCGUCUUCCUUUACACGACGACUGUCAAAGAUACACACACACACCUUCUCACACACUUUAUUUAAAGCUGAUUUAUGAGUUUUUCUUAUUCUAUUUUUAUAUUUAUGUGUGCCACUCCAGGCGGAUGCAGCUUCACGUGAGCUUGUUGAAAUAUUAGUGCUCUUCCUCAGCAUGAAGCUAAACACUAUGAAUGACUUCCAGUCUGCCUCGCUCUCGUACCACUGACCUCCUUAAGACGCCAACAGGUGUCCGUUACCUUAGAUCCUUCUUACACACACACAUAACAUACGCAGAUAAAGCAACAUGCACCACACUGAAGCCAUUUACACACACACACACACGCACACAUACACACACAACCUUCUGUAAGCAUUUCUAGAACAUUUUUUGUCUGUUGCAGCAGUGUGUGAGAGGAGCUGCAGCCAAAGGACUCUUGAAACAUUCGGCUCCUUCUCCACACGGCUCAGACUGCUGAAACAUUUCUGAAUGAUGUUGAAAAAUACCGUAAAAGUAUUAAAAUGUUUUUUGUAAGAC